AUAUUGUAAAAUCAACACAACAGCGCCUAAGGAACAGAGACGUGAUAUUUCUCGUCCCCUCACGGUCUUUUGGGAUAUUACUUGAUACUCGCAGAGCACGCACAUUUUGAUACUCACUUUGCAUAAAUUUCGCUCUCAUAAAAUGGAUGAGACCACAACAACCUCGGCGGAGUCUAAAAUCGCGUAUUUUGACCGGCUUAAAAGAUUUUCUCAUACCAGCGGUGGGCACAUAUACGGGAAACCGGAUGACGACGCCUUUGACGCUCGCGAACAAAAGCAGAGGGAGUUGCACAGGAAUUUCUUUAGGCCUGCGAGGAAAUUACAUGCACAUGGGCAGCAAGAGCCAGAGAAAGAGAAGCAGCUGCAAAAGCAUGCAGCGCAACAAAUUUUGCCUGAGAAGCGGCUGAAUAACCUGCAAAAUCUCACUCCCCGGAGACUCAUUGCGGCGCCUCAGCCUCCAUCUGGAAAGGUCAUUAGGGGGACUGGACCGGGGAAACCGAGGCCAAAGGGACGGCUUGAUGCGUUGCUGAAUGAGGAGGAUGUGAUCCAAGAGACGCCAUCAGUAGGUGCAGAGAAGACGCGUGGGGAGAAGGACAAGGACCAAAUCGUUGUUGCUACUGCCGAUACUCGUAUACCGCCGCCGGCGUCGUUGAAAAGGUCGCUGGACACUUCCUCUGAAGAAGCAUCCUCAUCGCCCUCUGUUAAUGUCAAGGCCGGUGUGGUGACGAGGACGACGCAGACAAAGGCAACUAACGGCAAUAAAAGAGCACGUGCUGCCAAAUCCAAGACACGGCCUGAAGUUGAGCAGAUAUUUAAGGGACUGUCUUUCUUUUACAUUCCAGACAAUGAUAUUGCGCCUGUUAGACGGCUGCGGAUCAACAGGGCGAAAGAGUUUGGAGCCGAGUGGACGAGAGAUUUGAUGACGGCUACGCAUGUCAUCGUGGAGAAGAAGCUCAUAUAUAAAGAUGUCGAAAAGAUUUGGCCAAAAGACGGGUUUGGGGAUGCGGUGCCGCCAAAAGUGGUGAAUGAGGAUUAUCCUCUCGACUGUAUCCAGUUUCGUGCUAUUGUGGAUCCGAAUCAAAAGAAGUAUCUUCUAGACGGCCAGACUGCAGUAGAAACAAAGGACAAAGAGGCUCUUCUUCCUGCCGCUGGUGCUACUGAUUCAGGCCCUGCGGUAAAACCGAAGGCGGAUUCGCCGCCUUUGAAGCCGCAGCAUCAUAACAAGGGGAAGUGGGAUUAUGUCCCAGCCCGAGGGACGCCUUCUCAAGGAGAAGAAUCCUCGGUCGUCAAGAAUAUUCCAAAAGCAAGUGCUAAAGCCAAAGCACUGCCGAAGAGAGAUGACGAGUUAUCAGAAUACAUCUUGAUGAUGCAAGAGUUUAAAGACCUGCCCCUGGAUGUUGACGAGGAUGAUGAUGCCCAAUCUACGGCGAUUGAAUCCGAACAUCAGGCGGAUCUCGACGAAGGAUCUGGCUCAGAGAAUGAGAGACCUCAAAAGAGGAGAUCAUCUAGGAGGACACGGCCGACCAACAAGGCGAUAGCAUUCGAGGAUCGCUUUGCUUGCAACAGGGCUGGGAGAAGGGAUGCUGGCAAGGACAACCCAAAUACACGCACCAUUGAGAUAUUACAAAAGAUGAACAGCUACUACGAGAGGGUCAAUGACCACUGGCGGACGCUGGCCUAUCGGAAGGCCAUUAGCACCUUGAAGCAACAGAGCGUCAAGAUCACCACAGAAGAGGAGGCAUACCGGUUACCCAGCAUUGGUCGUCGGCUGGCGCAGAAGAUUGAAGAGAUUGUGACGACUGAUACGUUAAAGAGGCUCGAAUAUGCACAGGAAGAACCAACAGACUACGCGCUGCAAACGUUCCUAAAGAUUUACGGCGUGGGGAACAAAGUGGCACAGCAAUGGAUUGCACAGGGCUGGCGGACGCUGGAAGACGUAAAGCAACACGUCAAACUGACGCCCAGCCAGACGGUAGGCAUCGAGCACUACGACGACUUAAACACCAGGAUUCCUCGGAGGGAGGUCACCGCUCUCGGAGAGAUUGUGAAGAGGGCUGCAGCACAGAUCGACCCGACGGUGCAGCUUGUUAUUGGGGGCAGUUACCGCAGAGGCGCCGAGAGCUCUCACGACAUCGAUCUGAUUGUGACGAAGCCAGGCACCGAAUCUGCGGCGGAUCUAAAGCCGUUUCUGAACAGCUUGGUGGUUAGGCUGGAAAGAGACGAGUUUCUGGUGGCACGGCUGGCGUCGUCCCGCGCUGGAAGCGACGGCAGCAAAUGGCACGGAUGCUGCGUGCUACCCAAGAUCAAGGGGCUCAACGACGACGACGACGACAAGUACCGCGCGAUAUGGAGGAGAAUCGACUUUCUGCUUGUGCCCGAGGCUGAGCUGGGCGCGGCGCUCAUCUACUUUACCGGAAACGACAUCUUCAACCGCAGCAUGCGGCUGUUGGCGUCGAAGAAGGGCAUGCGGCUGAACCAGCGGGGGCUGUAUCGAGAUGUGCUGAGGGGCCCGGACAGAGCCAAGGUGACGGAGGGGGAGUUGGUGGAGAGGAGGGAUGAGAAGAGGAUAUUUGAGAUUUUGGGGGUGAAGUGGCGGGAGCCGUGGGAGAGGUGGUGCUGA